AGUAAAACAACAUACACACACACAUACACACAUAUAUAUAUAUAUAUAUAUAUACAGAAAAUUUAAGUUUGGACUUUCGAUGAAAUAAUAUUAAAAUAUAAAUAAUUGAAAAGUGUGUUUCCUACGUUGUUUCCUACGUUUUAAAGUACUUUUCAUUAUUAAGUAUAAUAAUUAAUAAAUUUUAAUCUACUUGGUUGUAAAGAUAACAUUUAUAGUGUCAACGAUCACGAAAAGUAAAAAAAAAAAAAAUGAAAGUAAAAGCAAAAUAGACAAAGAAUUUUGUUUAGAAACUGAUAACAAUGAUAAGAAUGAUUUAAAAUGUGUUCAGAUUCUUUUGUCGUUUAGAAAAUUCUAAUCGUCAGUUUAAAUCAGUAACUCUCUUGAAUGGUAAAUUAUUUUCCGUCAUGGACUUGGUUGCUGAUAAAGAAAAUAAUCGAAAAAAGAUUACAUUGUCAUGGGAAAAUGUGACGGUUAGCGUAAAUGAUCAUAAACAAACUUUUCUACAAUCUGUUUGGUCUAAUAUUAGAAGUGGAUCGCGUAUUAGAAAAUUAGAAAUAUUAAAGAAAGUGUCCGGUUAUGCAGAAAGUAAUAACAUGAUUGCUAUAAUGGGACCAAGUGGCGCCGGAAAGACUACUUUGUUAAGUACGAUUGCAAAAAAAAUUCAACCGACUUGUGGUAGUAUCAGAAUUAAUGGAUUAGAUGUUUCCGAUAUUAUUAUGUCACAAAUUUCGAGUUACAUGGAUCAAUGUAAUGCAAUGUCUGUUGAUCUUACGUCUAGAGAACAUCUUUUGUUUAUGUGUGCACUAAAAAUGGAUAAAAACAAAAGUUAUCGUGAAAGAAGUGAUAGAACUGAAAAACUUUUAAAUGAAUUUGGAUUAUAUGAAUGUAAAAAUAAUUUAAUAACAAAGUUGUCAGCUGGCGAGAGGAAACGAUUAUUUCUAAUCUCGGAAUUAGUUGCUAGACCUAAAAUUAUUUUUUUAGAUGAGCCUACAACAGAUCUUGAUAGUCUCACAGCAAUGAACAUUGUAGAAAUGUUAAAAUUAAUAUCAAUUAAGGAUACUUUGGUCAUUUGCACUAUUCAUCAGCCAGGAAUGGCAAUGUAUAAUUUGUUUACACAUAUUGUUUUAUUGGCUGAUGGUAGAAAUGUCUUUUCUGGUAGUAUUGAAGAUGUCAAGCCGUUUUUCGAAAGUCUAGGAUUCAGAUGUCCAGUUGGUAUAGAUCAAUCGGAAUAUCACAUAAGUAUUUUGUCUCAACAUGAUCCAAUGAAAUCGACCGAAGAACAAUCUUUAAAAAUAUCCGAAGCAUUUGUACAAUCGUCUUAUUACAAAUUACCUGCCAUUGAGAAAGAUUCUAAAGAAAAGAUACAAACGAAUUUAUGCAACAAACCAGGACAAUUGAAACAACUUUUUUGGUUACUGUGGAGAAUUUAUAAAAAAAAGAAGAGGACACUUUUUUCUGAUAAUUUAUCAUGGAUAUCUUUCUUGAUAUCUAUGAUCGCUGUAAGUCUAUUUUUUUAUGGUAAUAAUACUAAUACGCAAAAAGGAAUGCAAAAUGUUAGAGGAGCAUUAUACAUGAUGACGUCUGAAAUAAUAUUUACAGUAGCUUAUUCAGUAAUAUACGAAUUACCAUUAGAUAUCAUUAAUUAUCUUCGUGAAACUUCAAUCUAUGGUCCAGGUGUUUAUUACAUUGCUACUUUUAUUGGAUUGAUACCAAAAUCUAUAUUGAAAUCCUUUAUGUUUACAUUGUCAAUAGUUUUGAUAUUGCAUAAUAACAUUUAUUGGAACGAUAUUUUAUAUUAUUGUCUUUCAACGGCAUUAGGUGCUAUUUGUGGUACUGCUUAUGGUAUGAUGAUGUCAAGUUGGACAAUGAAUAUUAAUUUAACGACAACAAUUAUGGUACCAAUCGAUAUGAUUUUUCUUUUAACCGCCGGUAUAUUUUAUAAUCUUAGAAGUUUACCAACUUAUUUGAGAUAUAUAAAAUAUUUGUCAAUAUUUUAUUACAUCAACGAAUGUCUCUCAAUAAUUUAUUGGUCUCACGUUGAUAAAAUUGAUUGUGAACUAGGCGAAGGAUUACCAUGUUUAGAAAAUGGAACGGAAGUUUUAUAUGAGUAUGGUUAUAAUGGAUCCAACUUUAUCUUGGAUUUAUGUGGAAUGAUAAUCUUAACAAUCGUCAUGUCUAUCGUUGGAUACUUUGGAGUUAAAAGAACCAGGAGAGUAAGUCUUUUAUCUUAAAAGAAAAAACUAGACAUAUUAGAAGAAGUAAGAUAACUAGCAUUAGUCAAAUAUGAUGUAAUUGGUAUAAAUUUUACGAUUAGAAUUAAUUUGUUGAUUAGGUAGGCAAUUGUAAAGAUCAAGUUAUGCAUUAAUUUUAUUCUUCCCUCUGUAUAAUUGUUAUUAUUAUUUAAUGUUAUAUUAUAAAUAAUUUACAACGAUGAUACAUAUAUAUAUAUAUAUAUAUAUAUAUAUAUAUAUAUAUAAUUUCUAAUAAAUCGGUGCCUUUUGACUUUUACGACGAAGUAUCAAAAAACUGACAAAAUGGCAGACAAGACUUAUUAUUAAAAGACCUAAUAAAUCAAUGUAAUAAUGAUCGAUUAUGUAGCCAUAUUUAUCAAGAACUUCUAACCCAGUAGAGAUACAAGAUAUUUCUGGAUCUGAUAAACAAUCUUAAGGAAAAUAAAAAAAAAGAAAAUUAAUAAACAAUAUUAUAUAUAUAUUAGAAAAAGAAACUUCAUUUAAUAUAUACCUAUGUGAUCAAUUUUUUUCCAUUGUAUCAAAGAAACAGCUUCCAAACCAUAAUAAAAUGUUGAUAAAUAUUUUAACCAUGAUAUUAGUGGUGAUAAAUUUCUAAAAAAAUUAGAAAAAUAUGACAAACAUUUCGUAAAUUGUAAAAGCAACAAUAAUAUCAAUAAUAAUAAUAAUAAUAAUAAUAAUAAUAAUAAUAAUAAUAAUAAUAAUAAUAAUAAUAAUAGUAAUAAUUGUACUGACCCAAGAUGUAAGAAGAUGCCAGAAUACAAGAGAUUUAGGAAAUCGAUUGGUACGGACACCAAAGAAGCUGUCUCUAUUGAAUUAAAGGAUGCUGACAUCAAGAGUCCUGUUGAGAUUAUAGAGAAAAACAAAUGAGUC